AUGGCCAUGGCAGCCGGGAGAGGCCACAGGUCGCGGAGGAAGUGCGGUCCGCCCUUGCCCAGGUCGAUAGGGGCGCUGGAAUGGCGGCACCUGCGGGAGGGGCGGGGGCGUGCGGGUCGGAAGAGCGAGUUCUGGGGCCCCGAGGCGUGCGCGGGGGUGAUGCCCGGCGGGGGUGUGCCCGCCGCGGCGUGGGACAUGGAGACGCUCAAGGCGGCGGUGCUGCACGCCAGCGCCGGCACGGGCAAGGUGGAGGAGGCGAUAAAGGGCUGCACGUUCAGGCCCCGGGAGCAGGCCUUCACGACGCUCAUCGACCUGUGCGGCCGCAUGCGCGACUGGAAGAAGGCCAAGGAAGUGUUCGACGCCAUGAAGGGCAUGAGGAGCGUCCGGCCCAACACGUACACGUACAGCGCCCUGAUCAGCGCCUGCUCCAGCUCGGGCGAGUGGUCCCAGGCGCUGGGUGUCUUCGAGGAGAUGAAGCGCGCCGCCAAGAGCGACCCAAGCUGCAAGCCCAACCAGGUCACCUUCGGCGCGCUGAUCACGGCCUGCGAGCGCGGCGGCAUGUUCGACGCCGCCCUCCGCCUCUACGAGGAGAUGCAGGCCUGCGGCAUCUCCCCCGACCAUGCGACCUUCACCUCCGUGCUGGGCGCCUGCGAAGGCUCGCGCCAGUGGCAGCGCGCGGAGGGCAUACUGGACCAGAUGCACUCGCGGGGAUUCACUGGCCCUCCCAGCCUGUACACCGAGCUCAUAGCAAAUUGCGCCGGGUGGGAAAAGGCGCUGGAGCUGUUCCUCACAAUGCAGGCGGCCGGAUGCGACGUGGACGCCCACACGUGCCGCGCGCUGAUGGCGUCCCUGGAGGCCGGGGGGAUGUGGGCGAUGGCAAUGGAUCUGCUGGGCAGCAUGCAGGAGGCGGACAUACCGAUCGACCUGGAGACCUACAACAUCGCGCUCAAGGCGCUUGCCAAGGUGGGCCGCUGCGACGAGAUGCUGGAGGUGCUGGGCCGCAUACGGGAGGCCACGCUGGAGCCCGACGAGACGACGCGGGAGUGGGUGGAGUUUGCCUGCCGGGUGAGGCGGGACUCGGGGCGGGCCAGGCAGCUGCGGGCGCAGGUGGGCAAGCUCCAGCCAGUUGCGUGA